GUAGGCGCGGUGGAGGACAGUGGAAGCGGCGGGAGAGCGGUAGUCAUAGCUAACGUUAAUGUUAGUUAAGCAUUAAGUUAGUAGUGCGCAUUUAUUCGUAUGCUUAGGGCUUAAGUUUGGUAAAAUCAAAGGUGUUUGGCAAAUAAGGAUAAUACUAGUGACUCGGUUACCACCGGUGUCGUUGUAGUGUUUUUUUAAGCAUUCCCCGGGAAACUGGUUUUGAACGUUUGUUUUUGGUUAGCCUGUUUAGCGCUGCACCAACAACAAUGGCGAAGGUACAGGUGUUAAAUGUGGCUGUACUAGAUAACCCGAGUCGCUUUGGAAACCCUUUUCAGUUUGAAAUAACGUUUGAAUGUAUGGAGGACCUUCCCGAAGAUCUGGAAUGGAAGAUCAUCUAUGUUGGCUCAGCAGAAAGUGAAGAAUAUGACCAAGUCCUUGACUCCGUCUUGGUUGGCCCAGUACCUGCUGGGAGACAUAUGUUUGUGUUUCAGGCUGAUGCCCCAAACACUGGAUUGAUUCCUGAAAGUGAUGCUGUUGGUGUGACUGUAGUGCUGAUUACCUGCACAUACCGAGGCCAGGAGUUCAUACGCAUUGGUUACUAUGUGAACAAUGAAUACACAGAACCCGAGCUUCGGGAAAAUCCACCAAUCAAGCCAGACUACACACAGCUACAGAGAAAUAUUCUGGCAUCAAACCCCCGUGUGACCAGAUUCCAUAUAAACUGGGAAGGCAGUGCAGAGCGAAUUGAGGACUGUGAAAAUGUGGAUCCCACGUCAAACUCCAAGCUCCCUCCAUCCUGUCUCCCAGGAAAGGCCCCCCCUUUAGGGAUACUUCCAGAUAACUCUAUGGACUGCUUAUAGAGACGACCCAAGCAAACAGGGUGAUGAAGAAGGCCUGGG